UCACUGCGCAUUGUCUCACCGCGGCGCACCACCGCCCUAGUCACCACGGGAACUAUUUUCUGUCAUCACUGCAGCCUCAGGCAGCUGGUCAGGCCUCACGAUGGGGAACAGAGACGACGAGUAUGAUUUCCUGUUCAAAGUUGUUCUGAUCGGUGAUUCCGGUGUGGGGAAGAGUAAUCUCCUGUCCCGUUUCACACGAAAUGAAUUUAACCUGGAGAGCAAGAGCACCAUUGGAGUGGAGUUCGCCACCCGGAGCAUCCAGGUGGAUGGAAAGACGAUAAAGGCUCAGAUCUGGGACACGGCUGGACAAGAACGCUACAGAGCAAUCACCUCAGCCUAUUAUCGCGGUGCCGUCGGGGCCCUCCUAGUGUACGACAUCGCCAAGCACCUGACGUAUGAGAAUGUGGAGCGCUGGCUGAAGGAGCUGAGGGACCACGCCGACAACAACAUCGUCAUCAUGCUGGUUGGAAACAAGAGCGACCUCCGCCACCUGAGGGCCGUGCCCACUGAUGAGGCUCGGGCCUUCGCAGAAAAGAACACUCUCUCAUUCAUUGAGACAUCAGCCCUGGACUCCACAAACGUAGAGGAGGCAUUCAAGAACAUUUUAACAGAAAUUUACCGUAUCGUGUCACAGAAGCAGAUAGCGGACAGAUCCGCGCACGACGAAUCUCCAGGCAACAACGUUGUCGACAUAAGUGUCCCGCCUACAACUGAUGGCCAGAAGGGCAACAAACUGCAGUGCUGUCAGAGCCUGUGACCCUCAAGCCUGAAGACACUCAUCCUCUUCUCCCAUGUUCACCCCCACAUCACACCACCACCUGUGCACUUUUUCUCAUUGUAGCUCUGCUCACGGCCAACUCCUUGAUCCCUUUGUUCUCUUUUUUUUUUCUCAUUUUUCUUCCCCCCAUCUUCCAUUCAUUUUUCUAUAAGUACUUUUCAAUUCACUUGUGCUCUUCUCUCAUGCCAUGAGAAAAACAUCUCAGAAGCCUUUGUCACUUGGUCAGUCGAGUUGUUCACGGAGACGGUGUAAAGAUCCCUGCAAUGCAGGAGCGAGGCAGUCCCUGCUGUCUUAUUGAAGCUUGUGAAGUUGUUUGAACUCUACUGAAACGCUGUCAUGUACAGGAAGCUUGUGAAAUUUCAGUGGUCGCCGCUAGAUGGCGCCGUGCGAAUGAACUGCAAACAUUUAGUCCUUUGAAACAGUAUUAUGCUGUUGGAUAGUGCGUUCUUGCUUCCAUCAAUUAUCUUGCCAAAAGUAUCCUCAUUAUGUAUUUAUUGAAGAAUAUUUGGCUUCAGUUGUCAUUGUAUUACUUUCAGUUUAGGAACUAUAUAAAUUUACAAUAAAACUCUUGACUAAA